AUGUCCGAUUCGUUGUCAUCUUUGCGGUUGCAGUAUACGCUUCGACGAGAAUACCAGCAGCGAUCCAAUGCUGUUGGGCUUGUCAAAGUUUAUUCUGUAUGCACAUCUAAUCUUGCAUUUAGUAUAAUAGUUUCAGCGGAACAUAAUCGGGUAUUCUCCACCCUCACCAUUAUCGUCAUCAAUGUCAUUGUUGUUGUUGUUGUUGUUAUUGUCACCACGCACUACGUCAAUGGUUUCAAAAAAGUUAAUGGCAACGGUAACGUAAACGGCAACGGCAACGUCAAAGCAAACGGCAACGUUAACCGCAAAGAAAACUGCAACGUUAGAGACAACAUCGACAACAAUAACUAUAGCAACUGCAACAAUAGCAACAGCAACAACAUCAACAAUAACAUGACAGAAACGACAUCAGUAGCAACAACGAUACCGACAAUGACAUCAACAUAUAAUAACAACAAACAGAAUAAUUACAAUAACAGCAACGUCAACAGCAACAACAAAAAUAGCAGUAACAGCAAUAACAUCAAAGCCAUCACAUACAACGACAACAACAGCAACAUCGAAAACAACAGCAACAGCAAUAAAAUCAACAGCAACAACAACAGCAACAGAAAAACAACAACACCAACACAAACACCAACAUGCAAGAACAGCAACAACAACGGCAACAACGACAACGACAACAAAGAUAAAAACAACUGCAACUACACAACGACAUCAAUACAACGACACGAUAACAACAUCAACAAUAAUAGCAACAGAAACAAAAGCAACAACAACAGGAAAAGUAACGACAUAACCAACUACAACAGCAACAACAUCAACUUCAAAAUCAACAACAACAGCCACAACAACAGCAACAUCAAUACCAACAACACCAUGAAUAACAACAACAAUAAGAGCAAGGACAAUAACGACGACACGACGAAAACAACAAUAACUACAACAACAGCAAUAACAACGACACAAAAGAAAUAUAAUAAUAACAACAGCAAAUACAACAAUAACAGUAUCAACAGCAACACCAACAACAACAACAGGAACAACAUCAACAGCAACAACAAGACAACGACACGCCACAAUAACAAUAUUUGA